AUGUCCUCACCGGACCCCCUCAACGACGAAUCCUCCCCCCCAAUCGCGCCGCCGUCCUCCCAGCGCGUCACCCACAGCCGCAGCCGCAGCCGCAGCCACCACCGCUCCUCUCGCUCCCUCUCUCUCGGCGUCGAUGGCGGCUUCGGCAGCAUCGCAUCAUCGCCACGGAAACAGAGAUUCGAGCUGGAAGUCGGUGGUCAGACCUCACCGCAGAGGCUGCUAAUCACCGUCGAGACCGAGGACAGCGCCCGAGCAAGCCCGACCGACAUGACGACGCGCAGGAUAUUCCCCUCGCCCAGCCCGUACGUGAGCCGACCGCCCGGCCCUCGCGCCGUGACAACCACGAUCCCGCUCAGGGACCCCAUCGAGGAGGAGGAGGACGGCGACGAUGACGGCAUCUUCGGAGACCACGGCGGCCUGGGCACGCCCAGGCGGAGGAGACGGACGAAUGGGACGCCCGUCCCCAAGAAGAGGACGAGGGCCGGCACACCUGUCCGUCGAACGUCCAGGCGGGAGAGCGCGUCGCGGCAGCUCACCCGCGACGACGACAACAACAACAACGAGCUGCUGCAGCUCACGCCCACGCCGAAGAGGAGAAAGGGCCGUCCGCCCACCCCCAAGGCACCCCCGAUCGACGCGACAAAUCCAGAGGACGGCAUGGGCAGCGACACGAGUAUAAACCUCGACCGCAUAUCGCGCGGAUCGCGUACUCCGACCCCGACCCCUAUAUCGAGACGAAGACCCAGACCCUCCAAGAGCCUGUCGAUCGAACGGCCCACCCGCAGAGAGACGGUGGCCAGCCCGGUGCGGAAGAAUCGAGCACCGCCUCGCGAGCCAGAGUCGGAGUCAGACGUUGCCGAGCCAGACCGCCACGCGACGCCGAGGAGUAGCCGGCCCGUCGGAAACCCAUCUGCGGAGCCCUCGAGCAAUGUGCGGACGAGCUCAGCCGCCAGGACUACCGGGCUGCUGCGGACAGCGCGUCGUCGCCGCCAGGCGAUGGCGCCUGAAGAGCUGGCCGGCAUGACGGGUAUGCAACAGGCGGAGCAGCCCGCUCCUCAGCCGACCCCCUCGGCAAGCGACGAUGACAUGGACCUCAUCGAAGCUGUCGAGCCGCCGCCGCCGCCGCCGAUCGAAGACUUGCAGGAUGACGAGGGUCGCUACGCCCCCCAGCAAGAGGAGGGGCCGUACGCUCCCCGGGAAGGAGAGGAACCGACAGUGAUACCUGCAGAGCCAUCUCCGCCCGCCGAAGACGAGGAACCGCAAUCGGACAUAUGGAUGGCCACGAUGUCAGAUCACGAGGCAACACCGCGCCCGACACGCUCGGGGCCAGGACACACUCCGGGACCCAACGCAAGGAUAUCGCCCGAGGCCGAGGCUGACGUCGAGAGCAUUCCAUCCGAGGCAGAGGGAUACGCAGAGGGCCUCCCCUCCUCUAGCGACGCUCCGCCCGUGGCCGGGGAGCCGCACCAGAACGCGACGCAGAACAACGACACCGUCGCCCAGGAAGACUUCAGCAUGAUCUUUAUGGACUCGAUCCCUUCGUUUCAGGACUUCAAGAGCUCCAUCCCUGGGUUCAGGAGCUCGUUCAAGAGCUCUGCCCCUCGACUCCGUCCCGUUCCCGCUGCCGCCAGCAGCGAACUGGGCGAUGAGACGAACCAGAUCAUAAAUGACACGCUCGAAUCCCUGCGGCAGAGUGUCGCUGGUGCUGGUGCUGGUGGUGCUGCCAAUCAGGACGGCAACGACGACAGAAGCGGCCAGGGUAACGAGGCCGCGCCUGCGGAGGAAGAUGCACGUGGCGGCUGGUUUGCGGAGUCGUUUGCCGCGCAGGACACGGACAUUGCGGACGAGCAGCCCGAGAUGCAGCAGGUGGGACGCGAGUCCCUCACGGUGCCACCGGUGCACGAACCAUCUCAGGAGGAAGAGGUUGGGCCGGACGUCGAAGAGCCACUGUUUGUACAGCCAGACGAAGAGGACGGGCCAGGGCCGGGGCCAGGACACGAACACCACGUACACUGGGGCGAAGAACAGCUUGCACCAUCUCCGCUAGAGCCGUCGUCCGAUGCCGCGGAGCCUCACCAACAGACCUCGGCCGCCUCGACACCCGCCAUGUCCACCGCGGCCUGGUCCGCUCACCGCGCCUUCUCCCCCAGCCUGGCGCGCUCUCCAUUCAGGGUCCACGUAUCCCCGCUCAGACGCAAGGUCCUCGACUCUACGGUGCGAUACCCCGACCUCACGCCCAGGAUCGCGGCCAUGAGCGCGGCGGCAUCGUCGUCUCCGGCCGUCUCGCCUGCUUCCGCUUACGCCCCUCCCGACACCACCGUCACUGUCCCCACCGGGGCUCUGGCGGAGCCACCCCGCAGGCCACCCUAUGACGGCGACGCGAACGCCUACGAUGACUCCUUCUCCGAGAUCCCGCAGGCGAUAUUGGACGCUGCCACUCCUCGGAAGGCUGCGACCCAGGCCGUGAUGCCCAUGGACGAGAAUCAGCCUGGGGAGGAGCUGCGGGACGGGGAAGAGGAGGAGCCCAAGGUGGAGCAACCUGGGGAUGACCCGGCAUCGGUGGAGGAGCAACCGAAUGAUGAGGAAGAGCUUGAAGGAGAGCAGGAGGAAGAGCAAGGGGAAGAGGAUCGAGACGGAGAGCAGGAAGAAGAGCAGGAAGGAGUACAAGGCGAUGCUGCCCAUGAGACGGAGCCAUCAGCGCAGACUGCUCAACCCGAUAGCGCUCGUCUGCCGACUCCAGAUGAGACGCCGGACGAGAUGGAUGUCAGCAGGAGCCCUCACGAGCCCUCCCAGACGUUGCCACCUGCCGAGCCCAGUCACCAGCUCACCAGCGAGAACAACGCGGCAGCCGCGGCAGCAGCGGAAUCAUCACCACUCGCGUCCCAGAUGCUCCAUCCGCCCCACAGACAGAGAGCGUCGGUCGAACGGGGUUCCUCCGCCAUGGAAUCCACCCCCCUGCGCCAGAUGUCAUCGCCAGCCCAGGGUCCCCUCUCCGCCGGAGGGGAGUCCCCGACGGACAGGGCUCCUCGACCUGCGCUGUCGGCUAUCGUCCGAGCCGGGAGGGAGCUCCAAAACGUCACAUCAGACCCGCCCUCCCCCGAGGGGCGCGACUAUCAACUCGGAAGUCCGUUCAGGAGCUCUGCCAGCAAGGAGUCGUGGUCCGGAUCACGCGAGCCCCAGGGCGGCAGCAGCAGCAGGCACCACUCCCUCCUGAGGAGUCCCAGCCGACGCGCGCCGAGCCAGCAGCGCCGAUCUGCGUCUGUGGAGCGGGUACCCAGCGACCCCUUCGGUCCGGCUACGAGGAAUACGGGGCAGCACAGCUUCAUGGAGGCCCUUGGACAGAGCACCGCCAGCCGUGGACGACCGCCGUCUCUCAGCGGCGGCGUCAAGGAGAGACCCCGCGCGUCGUCGGUCGCGAGCUCCAUGCGCAUCACUCCCCCGGACGAGGCCAUGAGCUGGGUGGCUGACGAGGGGCCCAUCAGCCCCAGGCUCAGAGGUGACGUCUCGCUGAGGGGAGCGCCAGCGUUACCUGCCGCUCCCCUCUCUGCCGCAAGAGGUGCCCUCGGACCGUCGGCGGCAGAGUCCGAGCUCGAGCCCGAGCCCGAGACAACGCAGCAAAAUGCCGACAACGACAAUGGCAAUGACGAUGACGACAGCGACGACGAAGACGAGACGGAUAUCUGGGAGGUCGAGGCCCUGCGAGAAGACGUCCGCUCCCCCACGCAUCAGCUUCCCUUUGCCCACAAGGAUCCUGCCGCCUCCGCUGCUCCACCUCACAGACGUACUGCCCUGCCAAGUAACUGGAUGCGCAGGUCCGCCAACACCUCCUGGGCCACGGGGAACACGUCGAUAAAUAAUACCACUGCUGCCGGGGACGAACCCGAGGAGUACUCGCUACUUGCGCAGCGACAGCAGGCCGAGGCUGCAGAGAAGGAAAAGGCAGCAGCUGCCGCAACAGAGUCGGCAGCCAAAGCGAACCGAUUCGACCUGGCGUCCUUCUUCUCGUCACCGUCCGCCAUCCCCGGCAAGCUGGCCGAGAAGCUGUUCCCGUCACGCAACGUGGCAUCGAGGGAAAGACAGCAGCAGCAGCAGCAGGAGGAGGAGCGGAAGCAGCAGCGGAAGCAGCAGCAGCGAACUCAGCCGCCCCCUCCCGCCGUGCCAACAAGCACCAUGUUCCCCGCCGCGGCCACCCAACCGCACCAGCAAUCCGACAUAACGACGACGACAACAUCGUCUCCCCAGCAGGAGCAGGAGCAGGAGCAGGAGCAGGAGCAGGAGCAGGAGCAGGAGCAGGAGCAGGCCCAGGCCCAGGUCCAGGCCCAGAAUAGCCACCGAGCCGCAGAGGACGGCGCAGAUCACGGCUCCGCUUCGCCCGACACCCUCGAGCGCCUAGAGAUGCCCGUUUCAGCCCAGAAGAAGAGGAAUUUUGCCCCGCUUCCACGACAGGCCAACCGGGCCCCGGCCCAGGCGCAGAACCCAUCCUUCUUCCGCUCGUCGUCUGCCACCGCUGCCGCCGCAGAAACGGCCACGCCACCGCAGACGCAGCUCUCCCGCGCCGACAUCCAGCGCUGGCAGCAGCAGACGUCACAGGCCAGCGACGGCUCGGACAGCGAGCAGCAGCGUCGUCCGCGCGCCUUCCUCCGACCUCUGCCACCGCGCAACGCCUCCCCGUCCAAGUCGGCCCUCCGCUCACCCCUCAAGCCACACACGCCCGGCCGCGUGGUCGAAUUCACAAGCAGCGUGCUCUCACCUCUAGAACAAGCCAAGCAACGCCAGCAGCAGCAGCAGCAAGCUCACAACCUAUCCUUUGUCGAGACUACGAGUCAUCAUGACAAAGAGCUCGGGGAAGAAGAGGAAGAAGAAGAGGAAGAAGAAGAGGAAGAAGAAGAGGAAGAAGAAGAGGAAGAAGAAGAGGAAGAAGAAGAGGAAGAAGAAGAGGAGGAAGAAGAGGAAGAAGAGGAUAUAUCCAUGCAUGAUGCUACCCCCCCACCACUAUCUCAGACAUGCUGGACCCGUCAGCACUGGCUCCUGAUGGAGAAGCUCAUCCGGCACCGUCGCACCACACCCUUCGCCCCGCCCUCCUCGUCGGCUUCAUCCUCCCUUCUGGGCAAGACGGUCCGCAGCCACGGCCGGUCCCUCGUCCUCGAGACCUGGCACCUGGACUGCGUCGACGCUUUCAAUUCCAUCGUGGGAGGCUGGGACGACGGCGCCCUCGCCAAGAGGCUGUUCGCCCUGCUUCUCGCCGAGGAGAAACGUCGUCGCAAGGCUGCCGCUCGCAGACGACUUGGUCGUCAUGGUCCUUCUCAGCAAGGGAUUCCCUCUCGCAAGACUGCCAUGUUUCAUUGA